AUGCACCUGCCCGGGCGAGAGGUGAGGGCUUGCAGCCUAUCGCUGGUGCUGCCCGCGCCGCGCCAGGAAGGGGAGCGGGCAGCAGCACCUGCUCCUUGGCAGGCGGCUGCCGGAGGAAGGGAAGAGAUUCUCCCGGUGAGCUCCCUCGUUAGCUCGAUCCAGUGGAAGGAAAGCCAGGAAAAGCCACAGCUGCCAGGCAGGAGCAGGGGACAGUGCAGCGCUGCCGUGUGCGGGCAGCAUCUGCCGCAGCAAAUCCUGCCAGACCCUCCCGGUCUCCAUGGUGCUCACAAAGUCCACAUAGCUGCAUAAACACCUUCCAAGGUUGGAAGUGCUACAGGAGCCUCUCCCACCCCUGGCUUGCCCUCCUGAACGCUUUGGAUGAAAGACACGGGAAAGGAAGGACGCAGCCCUGGUUGUUCCCUUCUGGUGCUGCUCCAGGGAUGCUCCACCACCUCCUGCAGCCCUGCCUGGGGAGUGGGCUCAGCCUCAGCACAUGGACCAUAGCUCUCCAGGUGGCACUGCUGCAGAGGGCAGCUCCAAAGAACGAGACAGAGACAUCCCCACUUGAGAAAUGCAGCUGCCUUCACAACCGCUGACGUCUGGACCCUUCUCUUCACUGUAAGGGUGUAGAUCCAACUGUGCAACCACCCUACCGUGUCCCCCCCACCCAGCCACGCGCCAUGCCGGAGCUGGCAGAGCUAAGCAGCCCCCGCACCCCUGCGGACGCGGACCACAUCCAGAGGAACAUCCUGGAGGAGCAUGUGGAGCUCUGGUGGUUCCAGGACCCCAAGAAGUCCAUCCUGUGCUACGGGGUGGCCGUGGCGCUGAUCCUGUCCUGUGGAAUCGGGGGCAUCAUCCUGCUGUACAGCACCAGCAGCCGGUCCGGGGAGUGGCGGCUGGCCGUGGGCACCACGCUGUGCCUCCUGGCCCUGCUCGUGCUGCUGAAGCAGCUGCUGAGCUCUGCAAUCCAGGACAUGAACUGCAUCCGCAGCCGGGAUCAGAUUGAGCUCCUCAAGAGCGGUGGCUUCUCAGACUGCCUGGUGCUGCUGCUCAGCGCCCUGGUGCUGCUGGUCUGCGGGGUGGUGCUCACCAUCCUCUCCACCACGAGCAUGCAGCUCAGCCCCACACGGCCGCUGGCCAGCAUGUUCACCAGUGGGGUUGUCCUCCUGACUGCUGGCAGCGCCAUCCUCCUCUGCCUGCUGCUCUACCUGCUCUGCACGUCCUGCCGCCAGGCCGCUCCUCGCAGCCUGGAGACUGGCGACAUCCGUGUCUUCACCAUCUCCGGCCGCCUCACUCCAAACAGGCGGCUUCCUCCCACCUCCAGCAUGGCCAACCUGAUCUGAGCCAGGACACCUCUGCGUGAGCCUCUGGAUACUACCCGUCAGCAGGGCUGGUGCUGGCUUUUCCUUGAAGGAAAGGGGAGUGUUGCCGUGUGCCUCACACUUCUUUCGGAGAUGACUGACUGGCAUUUGCUUUGCCCCAGGCUGAUGGCAUGGCAGGGACCUGAGGCACCUGGACAGGCUCUGACCUGGCACAUGAGGAGCUCAGCACUGGCCUGGUUGGUGGUGUAUCUCCACAAAGCCUCCUGCAACAGCUGCUGCCUGCCCGGCUGUGAUGCCUGUCACAGCAUUAAGGUGAGCCUGUCCCAUACCCAUGGGGACUCUGGUACUUGCUUGGUUCCCGCAGUUCCUGGAGCUGUUGUGCGCUCUCCUGGCAGGGGAGGCUGUGAUUGAGGGUUGCAUGAAACUACCCUGUGCUUUGUGCAGAGCUGCCAGCUACCGAGCGAAGUAGAGCCUGUAGCAGGUGAUGAAUGGCAGGAAACACUCUGCAUGUCAGCAGGCAUGCAGUGCCAGUGAAGGGAGGCUGGUGGGAGGUAGGGCUGCAGGGGCUGCUCCCGAGAAAGCAUCUGUGUGUCUGUCAGAGUAAGCUUGGGAUUUGCAUGGGAUUCCAUGUGCCAGAGCCCCGGCAUGGCUGGACCUCACAUGAAAUGCUGUUUGUGUUUGCAAUGCUGGGAUCUGUUCCAAUAUUACAUGUCUGCAGCCCACCACCUUCUGUGGUUUAUCAAACAG